AAAAAAAAAAAAAAAAAGCAAACCCUUUUUCAGAUUAGAACAAGGCCCCCAAAACCCAGAUUGUGAGAUGAUUCAACUCUGACUUUGGGGUUGAAAUUGUAAGAGAAGAGGAGAAAUAAUGUCUCUUGGGAUCGAGCUAGCAAAGUAAAGACAGAGGGGUUGGGUCUGUGGGAGAGAGAGGGAGUCAGAGAGUGUCGAGAGAGAGAGAGAGAGAGAGAGGAAACUGUAAAAAUACCAUAUUACCCUUCAACAAAUGAAUAAUUACAUAAGAAUAUUAACGAUAAUGUUGACGGCAUAUACCAAAAUUGGGUCGAGAUUUAAAAGUCAUGUACCCUUUUGAUAGUUUCGAAAGUAUAUUCACCAAAAGUUAGAACGAUCCAUAACUCAUGUACUGUUAUUAAAAAUUUAUCUUUAAUUUAAUUUAAGUUGUUUUAAACAUAAAUAUAAAGAUGAUUGUUGAAGCCAAGAAAUGAGAUAAGAUUAACGAUAAUGUUGACGACCAAGAAAUGAGAAUUUUCCCUCUGAGGAAGACAAAGAUUAGUGAUUGUUGAGUCCAUGCGAACAGCAGUGGUAGUGCCACUGGUCUCAGAUGAAAUUCUAACUGAAGCACAUGGGUAUCACAUUGAACUUAUAUUAGAGUGUGAAUGCAGAAGAUUGUAUUCAGAAAACAAGCUGGUUUUGAACCUUGAUAGAUUAAAAUUAGAAUGAUUAGAAUUCUGACUGCAUUUAUUUUAGGGUAAAAACUCCACUGUAUAUUUUAUAGCCAUGAAUACAUGAGUUAUCACUGUAUUUUUUAGCCAUAAAUACAGGAUAAGAUGUAGAUGCUAAACCAUAAGGAAACCCUCAGAAGAAGAUGAACUUAGCUGCGAAGGCACAAAAUCAAACCCAAGUCCCAAGCAUCCGUAGCCAUUCCAUAAGAAGCCAAACUUUCUUUGUUUUUAAUAAAAUAACUGCUCUAAAGCCUCAAGCUCUUGUCUUUUGCCAGCCAAAGAGAGGGAGUUUUGUCUUUUCCCAAGCUUAGCCAAUCCACAACCCCUUUAUAUAGCAUUACCAAAAUGGUCUCCAAAUACACCAACAAAGGAGUAGGAAGAGUUUCUGCCAAGCCUCAGGUACUAUACUAUCAAACCCAAACCACAAACCCAUAAUGGAGAGCUAUCAUAGCAAUGCCCUCUCACCAAACCAGUGUGGCUCAAGCGUGGUCCAGACCAUAGAUGCACCACUUCCUCUCGUUUGGUCAAUCCUUCGCCAGUUCGAUAAGCCUCAAGCCUACAAGCAGUUCAUAAGGAGCUGCAAAAUGCGCGCUGGGGAUGGAGGCGUAGGAAGCAUACGUGAAGUGAUGGUCAGCACUGGCUUACCUGCCAAAACCAGCAUGGAGAGGCUCGACAAGCUUGACGAUGACAAGCAUGUCCUUGAUUUCAGCAUUGUUGGCGGAGAACACAAGCUGGUGAAUUACAGUUCUACUACGACGGUGCAAGAGAAAGGUAGAAAGACUGUUGUGACUCAGUCUUAUGUGGUGGAUGUCCCUGCUGGGAGUAGUAAAGAGGAUACUUGCUUGUUUGCUAAUACUAUCAUAGAGUGCAACCUCAGGUCACUGGCUAAAGUUACAGAAAGGAUGGCUGCUAAUUGAUUAAUAGUUUGUACGAUCGAGGGUUUUAUCAGAUAGUUAAGAGGUUUCUGACCUCGUUUAAAUUGUUUCAUAUUUUGCGGUGGCUAUUGUACAGGCUGUGCUGUUGUUGUUGCUUCUUCUUGUUGUAGUUGUAAAUAUGCGAGGCAUCUCGCAGACAUUUCAUCAUAAAAUUCAUGAUUUCAUGAAUACUUCUUUUUACCCGGUGUUUGGUCAAAUUGAAAGAAAAGA